UCAACUGUGCUGCUUCCGAUAGCAGUAAAAUCAGAGUUCCUCCUCUUCAGCUCUUCUCCCUCCAUACGCCUGAGCUCACAUACUCAAAGGGAGGGACCAGAUACCGGGAAAAACACUAGAAGAGAUGGAUGCAGUCAAGGCAAAGCUGGAGAAAUAAAACUGUGACAACAUGUGUGAAGAGGCAGAAAAUGGCAGCAAGAAGAAGAAAGGCUUCUUCAAGACGCCCAAAGCAGAACUGUGGUGUGCAACAUCGAUGGUGCUUCUAUAUGCGAUCUGGUGUGUUGGGGUGAUUUUUUGGGCAGCAUCGAGACAGCUCUGGAACAGCCAGAGCCUUGGGUGUGGCCUCGACACUGAGUUUGAGUCCAGGUUGGAAAACGAGGCCCAGCUGAUUUAUGUGUGGUCGGGGUGUAAUCUGGUGUUCUGUACGUUGCUAAUGUUGGGAAUUUGGAAAAGAAACAGCUGCUGUAUGCUAAUGUAUGCGGCUUUGUUUUUUAUCUUUGUGGCUAUGGUUUGGACAUUAAUCAAUCUCGUGGACAAAGAGAGUCAGGAGAUACAAACAUUUCAGAAGAAAUACUUGGCACUGCUGCCUUUCACAGAGACAAUAAAAAACCCACAGAUAAAUGGAGGCAUACUCACUGAGAUGAACUGCUGGCAGACUCAGUUCAAGUGUUGUGGACUUCAAGGCAUCCAAGACUGGAAUACUUCCUUUCCAGACUCCUGCUUUGAUGACGAAGAGCAGGACAACAACUGGGUCAGAACUACUUUGCUUCCAAGGAGAAAUAUUUAUGAGAAGGCUUGUUUCCCUACAAUCACAUCUCUUGUAGAAAAACGCAGCUCUGCUGUUUGGAUCAUCACAACAGUUUGGCUAACCAUCAUCGCUGCUCCAAUUGCCAUCUUUGCCCUGGGCUUAGUCGUCGGGAGUUUUGUUGGUUGUUGUCUAUUUUGCGAGGUAAGCUAUAAGCUGAGCGUCUUGAAAAACAGAAUCUGUGGAGGAGAGAAAAUGGUUCCGGUGGUGUUCAUCAGAAAGAACAAUAACAACCAAACAGAGAAGGAAGACAUGGAAGCCAAAGAAAGCGUCUGGGAGGACGGAGUUAUCUUGGAGGGUUUGGAUGACAAUCCAUUGAAGAUGAUUCCUGUGUCUCUGCUGACGAGGCUGCAGGAAGAGCUGGACCCUCCUCCAGUCCAACACCAGGUGGAAAAUUCACCUUGUAUGUGUAUUUAUCCACCUCCUAAAGCAAUCAGGCAGUUCUACACAGUGCUGAUAGAUGACGAUUCACCACUGCUGCCCAGUAACGCCGUGCUAGUCGAUGGUGACAAACCCACCAGAUUUUGUUGGUGGGAAGAGGGACACAGGAUAUUUGACGCUAAAGAUAUCGUUUGGCCAAAAGACAGAGUGAACAGAAAUACAGCAUGCUAGUGUUGUACCUCCAGUGUGUGUCGGUGCAACAAUGUCGCCUGUUCUUUCUGUGGGCGUCUCUGGAUCUCAAGCUACGAGUCUCUGAUCUGAAGCCGCCUCACCCAUUCCUAUUCUGCCAUCCCCACCCCCCUCAUCCACACUCUCACCCCAGAGGCAGACGGCCGCCUUCCCUGAGCCUGGCUCAGUGAGAAUUUUUCUCCCAUCCCCAUUCCUGGGAUUUUUCAUUCCUUCCCACCGUUACUCAGGGAGUCCAAAAGAUUUUCUGUUCCGUUUAUAAUUCAUAAGGUCUGUAUCUUACUACGCUACAUGUUGUGAUUUUGUGCUAUAUAAAGUUGAAUGUGUUUUCAUAUUGCUUUUUACAUUAAAAUAUAAAAUCUAAAGAACUGUGUCUUAGAAAAGGCCUUAUUACCACUAUCAGUGCCUGUUCUACUUGAUAUUAGAAACUGAUUAUCUGAAAGCUGAUUCCGCUUUACAAAGGUUCUUCUCUGUUCCAGUUGAUGUUAUUGAAAGCUUACAUAAAAUUCACUUUUUAAAUACAUUUUCUGCAGUGAAUUAUCAGAAAACAGACAGCACACCGCUGGUGCCAGCGCUUACGCAUUAAACUGCUGUUGAACUGAUAUAUCCUGUGACCGUGAUGCUCAAAAUUCGCUGCAGAAAAAUUUGUGCUCAGGUCGGUGUAAAAUUGAUUUGGUUGUGGUUUUUAACAGAGCUGAAAUGUGAUUUUUCCACUCUGAAAAUUUCAUGCUUCUAUCUUCUUUAUGUAGGAAAAAAAUAUAUAAAGUGAAUUAUAAAGUUGGAAAUUCUGACCCGCUUCUAUGUAUCUCAAGGGCCGAUAACGUGGAAAACAUUCAUAGCAUGAAGGUCAAAUUGCGCAUGGCUUCAUAAAAUAUACUAUAGUUACUGUGUGUAAAAGAUAAGCUGAUUCUGAGGUUUUCUUUUUAAGUUUUGCUUGAUUUGACAUGGAAGGACCCAUGUAGUAACUGAACGUAACUAGUGCCUUAUAUUUGUGCCCGUGUUUGAUCAGUUGGUGAAUAAAAUAUGUUUGUCAAAAGUGAAACAAUUAUUCUGACACCUA